AGUUUAAAACUGUCAGUGUGUCGGAGUUGUUUAUAAGCUGAUCUCGAGGACGAGUUUGGUAUUGUCAAAAUCGUCAAGGUCGUUUUUCUCAUCAUGUCUAAGCGAGUAACAAAAUCUCUUUUAAGUAAAGAGUAUAGGGAUUAUUUAAUGAGCACGCACUUCUGGGGUCCGGUAUUCAACUGGAUGAUACCCAUAGCGACCAUAUUCGACACGCGAAAGCAUCCGAGAAUCAUUAGCGGCAAAAUGACUAUGGCCUUGACCCUGUAUUCCCUGGUAUUCAUGCGAUUCGCUUGGAAGGUACAACCACGAAAUUUGCUACUGUUCAUGUGCCACAUGACUAACGUCGGAGCUCAACUCACGCAAGGUUACAGGUUUGUUCAGUAUCAUUAUGGCGAGAAGAAAGAACUCGAUUCGAAGCAGAAGUGACGCAAAAAGCCAUGCAAAAGAAACUACGUUACUACUGAUUUACGCCUGUAUAAAUGUAGAAUAAAAAUUGCAAAAAAAAACAAAACAAAAUGUUAU